UUCUCCUCCCACUCCGCUCCUCUUGCCUCCCUCCUACUGUCUGCUGCUGGUCCGCGGGGAAGUCGCAAGAUGGCCGACGUCGCUUGAAAGUAUGUUCCUCUCCUCAAUAUGAAGCCGUGAGUGAGACAGAGAGCGAGGGAGCGAACGUUUAGGGUUUUUUUUUUGUUUUUUGUUUUAUUUUAGUUUUUACUUUUACUUUGUUUGUUUUUUUUAGUUCGGUUUCAUCGUCCACUUCAUUCCGGAUCGGCCCCUGCCUCGGGAUUCUUCUUGGCUAGCUUAGCUAACCUAACGUUAGUUUGAGUCGUCAGUCACACCGGGCUCUGGCUAGCUUAGCUAACGGGCUGCGGGGACGUUAAGCUAGGUUAGCAGGCUAGUUAGCUAAACUCGGACUGUUAGUUUCACCGCUGGCUACAGCAUCGCGUUAAAUCAGUUCUAGCUGGAGUUAUUUAGCAUUUUAGUCACACUUAGGUUAACUACUUUACGGAUACUGUGUGUUCACAUCAUAGCAGGGACUGUCUGACUGAGAGCUGUUCAAACACUAUGUGCUGCACGGACUAGUCGCAGUUUCAUGUCGCUAGCAUGUAGGAUUAUCUACAGUUUUUUUGGGAUAUUUUCACCGCCGUUAUCGAUUACUGUACGUCGUAGAAGUACCGCCGGUCAUGUUUUCCCACCGAGUAACUUUGUAAUAAACGCGAAUAGUCCGUAGUUUGGACAGUAUUGUUGGCAUCAUACCAAAACACAGAGAAAAAAAGGAGGAAUGGCUGCACACUGCACACACACACGACCAAAUAACUAGCUAGCUAGGUUAGCUAACUGCACGAUAUAGCCCCACUCACAACUUUACAGCAUAACACAUCAUAUUUGGUGGGUGGGAAAUCAGUUUAUUGUAAACGUUACCCGGCUUUAAAAACAUUAGCUAACUAACUAGGUUAAUUAGCUAGUUAGUUAAUUAAUCUAACCUACCCAAUUGUUAGUUAGCUAACUAGUAAGUGAGCUCGACUGAUUUGAGCACGUAUCUACCCAACACAAAUAAUAACUAUUAACUCUUUUAGCAGGAGCACGAUAUCUAACGUAGGCUAGCUACCUGUUAGUUAGCUUAGCUAGUGAAAUACUCCACACAGACACAGAGACAGGCACGUUGUUUAUUUUCUGAGACUUUGAGUCAAGUUAAACAGGACACCGCUAGCUAACUAAAGGUGUGCAAUGGGAGUGCAGGGCUUUCAGGAGUAUUUGGAGAAGCGCUGCCCUGGGGCGGCGGUCCCCGUGGACCUACUCAAGCUCGCUAGAACAGCAGGCCGACAGCCUCCACACCACCACCCUCAUCCUCCGCACCACCACCACCCCCAUCCUCAUCACCCCGGCUCGCUGCCUCCGCCCCCGCCGCCGCCGCCCGCGCGGAUCCUGGUGGACGCAGACUCGGGCCUCCAGCGGCUCUAUGGCGGCUACCAGACCGACUGGGUGUGCGGCGGCGAGUGGAACGCCAUGCUGGGCUACCUGGCGGCCCUGUCUCAGGCCUGCCUUUACCAGGGCGGCCUGGAGCUCGUCGUCGUGUUCAACGGCACGCUCGGCAAGGAGCGCUGGCCUGAGUGGGCGCGGCGGGCGCAGGGGCAGCGGCAGACCGCGCAGCUCAUCGUCAACCACGUCGGCAGCAAGGCCACGCCGCCCCCGCGAGCAUGGUUCCUGCCACCCGCCUGCCUGAGCCACUGCGUCCGCCUCGCCAUGUUCCGCUUCCGCGUGCGGGUGGUACAGACACUUGAGGACCACCACCAGGAGGUGCUUUCUCUGUACAGAGACUACGGUUUUCAGGGCCUGAUUGCACAGGACUCGGAGUUCGCUCUAUGCAAUGUCCCAGCCUAUUUCAGCUCCCAUGCUCUCAAGCUCUCCUGGAACGGCAAGAACCUGACCACUCAUCAGUACCUGCUCUCUGAGGCUGCUCGCCAGUUGGGUCUCAAAACCCAGCAUCUGCCCAUCUUUGCUGCCCUGCUUGGGAACCACAUUCUGCCAGAUGAAGACCUGGCUGCCUUUCAUUGGAGUCUCUUGGGUCCAGAACACCCUCUUGCCUCCCUUAAGGUAAGGGCUCAUCAGUUAGUCCUUCCUCCCUGUGAGGUUGUGAUUAAGGCUGUAUCAGAUUAUGUUGCAUCCAUCAAAGAUCUUGGGAACCUGGAUGCUGUGGCCAGGGAUGUAUUUAAACAGUCUCAGUCUCGGACUGAAGAUAAAAUCGAUAGGUUUAAGAAGGCAGUGGAGUAUUUUUCAGCGGCCAGUAAACCAAGACCUCUUUCAAUGGGACCUUCUCCUUACCUCUUUCCAGGUUUUGGGCCUGGUCAGUUUGGCGGACCUCCUGGCCACAUGGGGGCAGUACAGCCUGGAAAAGCCCAGUUUGGUCCACCCCAGGUAUCAGGUGUUAAGGUGCCUUAUCCAGGUGGGCCCUACGGACCCGGUCCGGCCUCUGGUCAUGCCCUUCUAUUCCAGAACCCACCUCCAUCACUGCAGGAAUGCAAUGAUUCUUCUGUUGGGAAAAUGGGCUUUGCUGAAUGGUCUGCUCCUUAUGAUUCCGCUCAAGGUGGCAACCGACUGCCCAACCACCACACAGCAGCUCCCUCAGGCCCUUCCCCCUCACCGUCUUCUUCCUCAGAUGGGGAGGAGCAAAAUGACACCAGCACUAAUCAUUUGGCCGACAAGUCCUCUAGAUGGGAAGAUCCCAGUGGCCGUGGAGGAGGCUCCUCCGGGGACGGUCACCAGGGUAACGGGAGUGGGCCAUCUAUUCCAUCACUGCUGUCCAUGGCAACACGGAGCCACAUGGACAUCACAACCCCACCCCUGCCACAGGUCAGUGCGGAGGUACUGAGAGUGGCAGAGCACAGACACAGGAGAGGACUCAUGUACCCACAGAUCUACCACAUCCUCACCAAGGGGGAGAUGAAGAUGCCAGUGUGUAUAGAGGACGAGUGCAAUCCCGACCUGCCUCCUGCCUCUCUACUGUUCCGUUCAGCCCGGCAGUAUGCCUACGGGGUGCUGUUCAGCCUGGCCGAAACCCAGAGGAGGCUGGAGAGGCUGGCCAUGCGCAAGCGCACUCCACUUGAGGUGCCUCCGGUCAUUGUUAAGGAAUGGUGUGCCAGCAAAGCCAAGUCAGCUCUGACCCCGGAGCUGGUUCCAGCACUCUGUUUCCGGGAGUGGACCUGUCCCAACUUGAGGCGUCUGUGGCUGGGCCGAGCCUCGGAGGACCGCAGCCGCCGCACCCGUGCAUUCCUGGCCUGCAUGCGCUCAGACUGCCCUGCUCUGCUCAACCCUGCCUGCGUGCCAUCCCACCUGCUGCUCAUGUGCUGUGUCCUCAGGUAUAUGAUGCAGUGGCCUGGUGGCCGCAUUCUCCAACGCCACGAGCUUGAUGCCUUUUUGGCCCAAGCUGUGUCUAACCAGCUCUAUGAGCCUGAUCAACUCCAGGAACUCAAGGUGGAGAAAGUGGAUAACCGUGGAGUUCAGCUGGCCUCCCUGUUCAUGAGUGGCGUGGACACUGCCCUUUUUGUGAAUGAUGUGUGUGGGCAGCCUCUGCCCUGGGACCACUGCUGCCCAUGGGGCUUCUUUGAUGGGAAACUGUUUCAGAGCAAAUUGGCCAAGGCUACCAGAGACCGUGCUGCCCUGCUGGACAUGUGUGAAGGCCAGGAGGAACUUGUGUCUCGCGUGGAGAAGAUGCGACAGGCCAUUCUAGAGGGCAUCAACCUUUCACGACCCCCUCCCCCACCCCCACCUCUGCCACCCCCAGCGUUCCUGCCUCCUGCUAUGGUGCCACCUUUCUACCCUAUGCACCCACUGUACCCACCACGGCCCUUGGGUUCAAUGCCCCCUCCGCACCACCAGCACCGGCCAAGAGCCUUCCCAGGAAUCCAGUCUAUACCGCCUCAAGGUGGGAAGCUGGAGAUUGCUGGUAUGGUUGUGGGUCAGUGGGCUGGAAACAAACCAUUGCGUGGCAGAGGGGGAUUUAACAUGCAGGUGGUUUCAGUGGGAGGAGGGAAAGGAAGGGGUAAAGAAAUGACGCCAAAAGGAAGGGGAGGGAAGAAAAUUACCACCAACCGAACACAGAAUCUCUCCUCAUCGCCCCCCUCUACCAGCCCCCCGAAGCUGGCAGAAGAGCCCAAGACAGUGGGGCGGCCCUCUGGAACUGGUGAGAGAGCUGGGGGCGUGUCCCAGCAGCUGAAUGGCAGCUCUUCAGGAAGCGCCACUGGUCAACCCAUUGACCUGCCACCACAGCCAAUCCAGUGUGCCUUAGCCAGCAGAGACAACCAAUCAGGAGAUGGGGUAGAGGUAGAGGCCCCUUGUUGCCUUGACGACUGCCCAUCAGAUGGUGCACUACAGAAAGAGGAGUAAUUACAUCCCAUAGUGUAAUGAGAAUGAUUGCGUUGAGAGGGAAUGAUCCAAGUUCGACUGCCUUUUCCUUGCAAAAUAUGAUAAUUAGGGCACAGUAGCCACUUUGUGUUGUCAUAAGAAUAAUUUAUGAUGUUGCAGAUGCUGGAAACUAUAGAUGGACAGUGUGAGAAGGAGUGCGGUCUGCGUGUCACCUUAACAGCAGGUUCUGAUUUGCGACUGAGCGAAGUUUAAAAUCACAACCUUCGAUUGCACUUUGCACUGAAUCUUCGGAUUCUGGAUCUCAGCCUUUCCACUGCCCCAUCAGGGUUGUAGCAUUGUGACGAGCUCUCAGUCUUUUCACCUUUCUAACAUUUUUUUGUUUGAUUUUGAGACAUAUUAGAACAUCAGUGUUGGUUGUAUAUCCGUAUGAUGGCCUAAAAUGGCUACCGUCAGCCCUUGUUGCCCAAAUAUUCUAUUCCGAUUUCACCCACCUACUUCAUUUAAUUAACGUUUAGCUGGCAAAUUUAAGAGCAGCAUCAUUUACUACCCUGAUCUACUCCCAAAGUGUGUUUUUGAACCGACGUUUAGUUAUCCGUCUGCAGAAAAAAAUAAAUAGAAAAAUGUAUAAAAAAAACAUUUAAAAAGAAGAAGCAGUGCUCACAUGACCAAGGCUGUAGAUCACACUAGCUCCAUCGUCAUCAUGUGUCUGCAAAACUGACAACGAUUCCUCGUGAUAAUUUAGUGUACUAUGUCUUUACUUUUGUCCCCCUUCUCCUUCCUGCUCAUUUUGUGGAUGUAAUUAGGGCUGGAAUAUUGAAUUAUUGGAAUGACUAUUGGUAUUUAAAGCGACUUUAUGUAGUAUUUCUUCAAAUAGCAGCAAAAACAGCAUGUUACAUUAAUCACAAUAGCAAAUUUAUUGAUUGAAAAAAAAAAAAUUAAGUGUCUGUCAGAGGAGAUGAUUAUAAUAAUUUUUUUUAAUGCCCUAUUCACUUUUAGAUUUGAUACCAUAUGGUAUCAUGAUCAAGCCUAUAAAGCCCUAUUGAAAAUUGGUUGCGUUUAUUAGUCAGUGUUACCAAUGGGAAUAAGAGAGAAAAUGCGUAUGUAGAUCUUAGCGCCACGCUGCACAUACAUAUAUUCUACAUUGCUGUUAAAGGGACACGAAUCACGAAUGAAAGCUGUUGUGCUCGGUCAGAUAUCAGCUUUUAUUCAUUAUUAGUCUCGUUUACACUGAUGUAUGCCCCCCUUUUAAUUGCACAAAAAUGUCCUUUUCUUUAGUUUUCUUUUAAUUUGUUUUAUUUUAAUGAGUAUUGUUAGAUCCCAGACAAUUUUUCCAGCGCACCUUAAGAGUUGGUUUUAAUCUUGAUUUUGUUGUGGGAGAAUGCAGGCAGGUUGUCUCAGUGUGUGAAAAGCUGAAUUCACACAUGGUGGUUUACUUAUUUCAACCCUGAAUAACCUGCCACUGCUUCAAGCACAAGGUCGGGUUCACUGUUCUCUUGGUGGCUCAUGAAGUCCAGGCUCAGAGAGAGUGUGAGAGAUGUGAGUGUGAGUCAGGAGCAAGGUAUUGCUUUUUUUUUAGCAAGCACCACGAUUAAUAGCUUUGUCUCUCGUGUAGUCUUGUGACGGUCUUUAUUUAAUUUUAAUUUAUAUGUUUUUUGUUUUUUUUUAUUAUACCCCCUCCCUCCCCUUUGAGUCCCCCUCUCUCUGCUGAGUAAACUCUGCUGAGUGAUCCCAUUGGUAGAGCUGCUAACAUUGUACUAUUAUAUUAAGAAUUUUUAAGCACUUUAUGCCCGAAUAUGAUAUGCAAGCCCAAAGCCAAACUUAAAAAAAAAAAAAAGUAACUACUUUCAAAAAUUGAUUGUAUUCCAACAUAAAGCACUUGUUAUUUAUGUUUCAUAUGAUUAUAGCACACUUUAUAUUCUAUAGCCACAUCCAGUUCUCAAAAGUAGCCCAAGAGUUUCCUCACUUUCUUUCGAUGGUUUAACUGUCUUUAUUUGCGUUUCUCUUGCGUGGCACGUAAUAGAAAUAUAUAUAUUCCAAUGGAUUUGAAUGUGCAAACAGAGUGCAUUGGAAGCAGCACUUUGUUUUAAAACCAGAAAACACACUGGACUGUUCUUAAACCAGGAUAAAGAAGAAAAAAAACAAGACACAACAACACAAAUUACAACUUCUGGCAGAGUUAGGGAGAAAACAGAAAAAAGGAACAAUAUAUGGAGAAGGAACCAUCCAUAGUACCAUUUGAUAUCUUAGCUGUUUGUAUAUAUAUAUACUGUAGAUUUAAUGUAUGUGAUCUCGGUGCACGAUGAUGCAGUGGAGUGAUUUUAUCAAUGGUUGGGAAUGCACACGGCCCCCGUCACCCCGACAUCUCCGCUAUCUCCGCUGCUAUAUGAAAUGUCACUUGAUGUGUAGACACAUUUCAGCUCAGCUUUAAGGUUUAAGAGUUUUGAGUUUCACACUAAUUCACUUAUUCAAAUUAGAGGUGGAACUUUUCCGACACUUGUCAUCUUAUGCUUAUGUCCUCCCUUUGUGCCUGACAUGUACAGUACAUGGAUUGCUCUUGUGCACGUGCAUUCACCCACCAUAGCUAAAAUCAUUUGAAUUUUGUAAAAGUAAUUCCUAAACAGCAGAUGAGAACAUUUUUCUUGUGACACGAUCAACCAACAAAGGAGAAAAAAUAAAAUAAAUAAAUAAAACAACGCGCCUCUAGACCUAUCGUAACAUUCGUGACAUUAAGCUGUACGUCGUCUGGUUUUCGUGACAUUACGCUGUACGUAUUGUCUUGUUUUUUGUUUUGUGAUGGCCCGUGAAACUUGUGCACUUCUUCAGGAAAAGCACAUUUACUGAGGCAAAAAUGGGCUCGAACAAAGCCAGAGCACAGUAAAUGAAGUUCUCUGGCUUGCAACCAUGAUUUGACGUUUUGACGAUCUGACACUUUUCACAUGAAGGGGGUGGGAAAACUCCCCCCAUCAUGUGCAAGUAUACGUACCUUCGAGGAUAUUAGGGAUGAUGUGAGUGAGCUUAAAAGUUGUAUCCAAGGACAACUAAUAAUACUACAGAGGAGAAAGAGGCUUUUCCAAUUAUGAAGUUGUUUUAAUCAGAAACUUUAUGGAUUACCUGUAAGCAUGUCAAUAAGAUGCACCUUAUUUUGUUAGAAUAUAGAUAAAUAAUGGUUUAUCUUGUGCCACAAAAAUUAUAUCAAAAGUUAUAUAGAUCAAAUAAUCACAGACAUCCAUAUUUAUGUUUGUAUAUUAAAAAAAAAAAAUCCACAAUUGUGGAAGCCCCUACAGCUAAAUACCAACUAAGAGUAUACCCCCUCAGAAAUCUAGUCUAAAAAUGAGCAACAUUUAACUAAAUAAGUGUUUUAUCAUUGGUGGGUGUCCAAGCUCAGUUUCUUAGAGAAAGAGACAGCGUGACAAUACUGGACAUACUUCACAGAACUGCAACAAAUCAGGACUAUAUCUUGACUGUGGCAUUGCAGCUAGAGUACUCAAACUAGUACCAUAGUAAAAACAUGUUAAACAAACAAACAAACAGACGUCAACCUUAGGUUGUUUGUUGGAUUUGGUUAAAUGAAAUGAAAUGAAAUAAAUCAAUUGUUCAGCCGUACUUCUGACGGAUGGAUGGAUAAAUGGAUGUUCCAUCAUCCCUUCCAUCAACCCAAGCACGUGCUAACAACUACACAAACACACAGAUACACACAUCCACACAUCUAUAUACAUGCAUAUAUAAACACAUGUGCACGCACACACACUUACUUACUGUAGAUCAUUUUUAUGUUCAGUUUUCAGUUUUUUUGUUUGUUUUUCCAUUUAAGAUAGAUACAAAAAUUCAAGUAAGUUCUCUUUAAGUACAGAUUAUUAUUAUUAUUAGCGUAGAAAACCAGUUAUUGGAGUCUCACUUAGCUUAAUUUUUAGUCUCAGCGAUAAGAUAUAUAAAUGAAACAUUUAACUCACAGACAGACCCAGAAAUGGAUACAAACACCUGAACACAAACACACACACACAUAUAGAUUGUUUUCUUUUAGAGAUAUCAGUUAGAGCAAGAGAAAAAAAAACUUGUAAUGCAGUUUCACGUACGUGAUGCAUUAUCCAGACAUUUAUUUGUGUCUUUUUUUUGUCGUUUUUGUUGUAGUUGAUUUUACUUUCAAUGCUUAAAUAAGGGAUUUCCAGAAGCGUGGCUCCCAAGUUACCCUCUGCAAACCACCUUCUUCUUUCCCUGCUUUUAUGUAUUCUCUUUUUGACUGUUCUAACGUCUUGCUUUCUCGCCAUUUAAUCCGACAUUUGUGAAGAGUUUGAUAUACACACAGAGAGUCCCACGUGUACGAUAUUUUACAGUAUUAAGUAUUGUUAAGGGAUGUAUGUUCUGAUUUCUCAAUUAGAACCAAUGUUUCUAUCGUUGUAUGCCUUGACCCCGUUUUCCUAAUCAUUAAUUGAUGAUUGAUGGUAAAAUAGAAUACGCUCUGAAUUAAUCAACCACAUGGCAAUAGUCGAUGUGUUUGUUCAUUCAGUUUGCCGUUGAUUUUAAAAGUCCCCAUUAUUCGCUCUUGGAUAUAGGCUACUAAUAUACACUCCCAGAGUUCACAUACUUGCUUGCUUUUUGUGAUUUUACUCUAACUUAAAGAAUCCUAUAUUCUUCCUCACUUUAAAACAAAACUAAAAAACACCCCGCAACCUGUUCUUCUACUUCUUCUUCGUCUACUUGUUUCACCAUGUCUAGCCUCUGUCAUCUUCUCUGACCAUGGUUCUGUUUGUGGACUUUCUUACUCGUACUCCAGUGCUGUCUCCUUACCCCGUUAUACUAACAGUAAAGGUAAUAUUAACAGUAAUAAUCAGUCUUAUAAUCAGUCUGUAUGUAAUUGUAGCCAGAAGUUUGGAAACAAAUGUUUUCAUUGAUGAACAAAAAAAAAAGAAAAAAAUCUAACCUAACCAUCUUUGGUUUGAAAUUGUGGAAAUUGUGUUUCUCACUUUCUUUUAUUUUCAUUUUUUUAUGUUAUUACAAGUGCUACUUCUUUGACCGUCGCUACAGUUAGUAUUAAAAUACGCUUAGCAGAAGUAGAUAUUUUUCAACUGUAAUGAUUGCAAUUUUACCUAUACCUUACCUUUUCAUGGUAUAUGUUUCAGACCACUUCACCAUUAUGAUGUAAUUGUAGCCAUCAGACUAAACCGCAGCUUUGUCAACUGUUUUCAAUUACUUUAAUUAAUCAGUCAAGAUGAUUUUAAAAGCUGAUGAAGUCAGCAUUGACCAUUGCAUCCUUGCACAUAUGUAAUAAAAAAAAUCUAUAUAAAGAAAAAACAAAAACAGAGAACGUUCUCUCUGCUACUAAAAACCAAAGUGCAUAUUACCAUAUUACUAUUUGUCAGUUCUUUAGUUUCUGGAACCCAUACUUCUACAUUUAAGUGAUCGAGAUUUUAGAAUACAUAUUGUGGGUCCAUAUUACAGAUAUUGAAUGAAGGAAAUAUGGUGUUUACAUCUUUCUGGUGAAAAGUGGCUGAGUUGUGUAUCGUCCGGUUUCAUUGCUAAAAAAAAUAUAUAAGAAAAUUAAGACUUUUUUGUUUGUUUUUGUUUUUAAUCCUUUUUCUGAAGUUGAGCCUUGGACGCAGGUUUCGAUACAGUUAAAUCCUACCACCCCUUACUGAAGUCACCCAUGCACUUGUAAUGUCCUUCUGGAUGAUGUAGCUUCAUCAGUAGUCAUGGCUAGGUUAAAUGUUAAAAACACGUAACUGUAAACAGGCUCACACAAACGAACAUGUACACACGCACCUAAAGCUAUUGUGAGGAGUUUUUUGCCUGUGCAUUCCUGUAGAUUCGUGUCUGGAGCUUAGAUUUGAUUCUUGCUUUGAAACUGUUCCCCCUGUAUCCUAGCUCUGUAGCCCUUCACUUCACAGGACCACCUGCUUGGUUUUGACUGGUGUUGUAAGGUUUCGACCCCGUUCUGAUAACAGCAAUGUGUUGUGUACAAUGGUCCACCGAUGUCCAUCCUGCUUUUGCUGGAUGAGUGCCCGGCCCCUCGACAUUCUACCCUUACUGCUUCUUACAGCAUGUUGCCCCAUCAUGUCCUCAACAGUCUCCAACCAGCCCCAUUUGUAGGCAACACAUUCUGUCGUCUGUUCUUGGAAAACUGAUCCAUUCAUCAAGACAAAAAUGCAUUGAUGCAUGCAUCAAGGUGUCCAGAAGAACUUGUGUAGUGAAGGGUAAAACUUCAUUAUUAUUAUUAUUGCUGUUAUGGUUAUGAUCGUUAUUAACAGUUUCUCAUUUUUAGUAUAAAGAAAGCACCAGAUUGUUUUGGAAAGAAACCUUUUUUAUUUGUCUUGCUGUUGUGGUCUGAUUUCACAAUGCAUUGAGAAGAAAGCCAAAAGGCUGAGAGAGAAAGAGCGAGCGAGAGAAAGAAAGAGAGAGAGUCGAAGUUGGCAGUCAUGUUUGUAUGGUUGGGAAAUGACUUACAGUGCUGAAAUAAAAUUUAUUCUUUUAGUAAUUUU